AAAGAGAGAAAGAAACAGAAGCCACGCGCCACCCAGAACCUGGGGCGGAGAGGGGAAAAAACGAAUGGGCAGCAGGUGGCGCUGUAGAAUAGCGCGGCCUCUCUGGCCCUGUCCCAUCUCUAUGGCCGGACCUCCCUGCCGGAUGAGUCCCGGGAAGCGGAGCUUUGUCCACGUGGGUGGCCAGGUGCAGCCAGACAGACACCCAGCCCACCAUGGAGUCCUUCCCGUCCUUUAAAUUGUGCUUCCAGAAGGCCGUGAGACUGGGGCUCGCUGUUCGUCACAUCCGCUCUGCCCAGAUUUUCCGCCACUUCUCAGCACAGGAGGAGGAACAGCUGUUGCUAGAAAACGAGUCCCCCAACAGGGCUGGCCCCAAGGAAGGAUCUUGCCUGCACGUCGACUCUCUUCCGGAUAGGGCUGCAAGUGGGGAGGCUGCCCAGCCAAACCAGAAGCCGCUUCCAGCUAGCAAACCCGGCAGAGAUCUCAGGCUCCAGACUCCGUUCCACCACCGGUGGAAGCUGCCCGCCAAAGGUCCGCCUGCCAGGGAGGAGGAAUUCUGGAACCUGAGGAACGAUGACUUCUCCAAAGAGAAGGGACGGUCACGGCCCAGAUCUCUGCUGAUUGAAAGGACUGAAGGCUCUGAGAUCUUGUUUGGGAUUGCACCCUGUUCCUUGGCGCUGGCAAGGUCCAAGAGGGAUUUUUUCAGGCUUUUCCUCAAGUCCGGCAGUACCAGGGCACGGCCUGUGAUGGAAGAAUUCUCCCAGCAAGCAGAGGCCCGGGGCAUCCCUCUGCAGCUGGUUCCACGGAAGGUGCUGGAUGUCCUCUGUAAGGGAGGGGUCCACCAGGGUGUUUGCUUGGAGGCCACACCCCUUCGUCCUAUUCGCUGGCAGGAAGGCUCCUCCCAGGAGGCUGAGGGGGCCACCAGCGAGAGGUCCCAGCUCCUCUGGCUGGCCUUGGAGGGGAUACAAGACCCCAUGAACCUGGGGGCCGUUCUACGGUCAGCUCACUUCUUGGGUGUCGACAGGAUUGUGAUGAGUCAUAAGAACAGUUGCCCUCUCACACCUGUUGUCAGCAAAGCGAGUGCCGGGGCCAUGGAAGUCUUGGAUGUGUUCGGCGUUGACCAUCUCCAGAGCUUUCUCCAGGCGAAAUCUGAACAAGGAUGGGAGAUCGUUGGGACGGUUGGCCAUUCCACAGCGCUGGAUGGCGUUCCUGUGGAGAGCUGCUUGGAUUUUCGCUGGACGAGGCCCACUGUCUUGUUACUAGGGAACGAAGGUGCUGGGCUUUCUCCGGAGAGUAGGAGCCUGUGCCGAAGGAUGUUGAGCAUCUUCCCAGGAAGAGAACUUCAGCCUGGGAUUGAAUCGUUGAACGUGUCCGUGGCGGCUGGGAUCCUUCUGCAUUCCAUAUGUAGCCAAAAAAUGAAAGCUGCAUGAAGCCUUUGUCCCUUCUGCCUUGAGAAAACAAGAACGUGUCUUUGAAGAUGCUUCUUCCACCAGGCUGUGAGGACGGGGCAUCUCUUGCAAGAGACGUGCGAGGCGAGAAAGAUUUUGAGGGUCUUCAGGAAGCUGCAGGAUCCCUUUAAAUUGAGAAAAAAUUAACAGCUAACCUAGAUGCAGUGGCCUCUCUAGACGACUUUGGUUCUACAAGAGGAUACCUCUCCCUCUAGCGAACAUUUGCUCAAGUGGACUUCUGCAAAGCUGCCUUGGAGUUGUAUUAUCUUCCUUCACCCAACUUCGCUUACUGGGCAGCCACAUUAUGUGAGACAUCCUAUGGACCGCUUCCCAUGUUGUAGUCAUUGCAGUGCCCCAGACGCAUCUGAUAUGAAGCUCUAGGAGAAUGUAAAGGGACUUUCUUCUCCCAUGUUCCUGCCCCCCUAGUAGGUGGGUGACCACUGGUACCAGUUUUGCAGGUCCAGUAAGCACUGUGGGCCGAGAAUAAAUAAAAUGAGAGAGUGAAGGUG